CACAUUUUAUAUACAAAAACAACUAUAAAACAACUAUAAUAACACACACAUAAAAAGAUUCAAUCUUUAUAAUCUUUUUGUGGAAUUUAAACAUUUUACAGCAUGAAGAAGGGGAAUUUGGCCCCAAUUCUCAAGCUAAACCUCCCACCUCCUGAUGAAACUUCACUUGCCAAGUUCUUAACUGAAUCUGGGACUUUUAUGGAUGGUGAUUUGUUAGUGAAUAGAGAUGGUGUUAGAAUUGUUUCUCAAGGCCAAUCUGAAACUCCACCCCUUAUUCAGCCAUCGGAUAAUCAGUUAAGUUUGGCUGAUUUCGAUGCGGUUAAAGUUGUUGGAAAGGGAAAUGGUGGAAUCGUUCGCUUGGUGCAGCACAAGUGGACUGGGCAGUUUUUUGCUCUGAAGGUGAUUCAAAUGAAUGUGGAAGAAUCGGCCCGCAAACAGAUUGCACAAGAACUUAAAAUCAACCAGUCAUCCCAGUGUACGAACGUUGUUGUCUGCUACCAAUCUUUUUACGAUAACGGUGCUGUCUCUAUUAUCUUGGAGUAUAUGGAUGGAGGAUCUUUAGCUGAUUUUUUGAAAACUGUUCGAUCUAUUCCAGAACCUAAUCUUGCAGCCAUCUGUAAGCAGGUGCUUAAGGGUCUGUGGUACCUUCAUCACGAAAAACAUAUCAUUCACAGGGACUUAAAACCGUCAAAUCUGCUGAUAAAUCACCGAGGUGAAGUCAAGAUCACUGACUUUGGUGUUAGCGCGAUACUUGCAAGCACAUCUGGACUGGCUAAUACAUUUGUUGGCACGUACAAUUAUAUGUCUCCAGAAAGAAUUAUUGGAGGCAACUAUGGUUAUAAAAGUGAUAUAUGGAGCUUAGGUUUAGUUUUACUGGAAUGUGCGACAGGUCACUUUCCAUACUCUCCACCACAACCAGGGGAAGGAUGGGUUAAUGUUUAUGAGCUUAUGGAAACCAUUGUUGGUCAACCGCCACCUCGGGCAUCUCCUGAGCAGUUUUCUCCUCAGUUCUGCUCAUUUAUUGAAGCAUGUGUGCAGAAAGAUCCGAAGGAUAGACCAUCAGCAAAUGAACUAAUGUCACACCCCUUCAUCAAUAUGUUUGAUGACAUGGCAGUAGAUCUUGCAUCUUAUUUCACUGAAGCGGGAUCCUCUCUUGCAACAUUGUAAUGAAUCCCUGAUUGCUAGGGUAGUGUGUAAAGUGCAAGUAAAGGGCAAAAGAUCUUGCCUUUUUCGUUGUAUCAUGACUCAGGCUUAAGUUUGCAUCUAGUUCGCGAAGAUGAAAAACUCCACCUUUUUGCUGAGUUCUUGUAAAACUUCCAUUCUUAAUGAAUGUUUUUACUAUGAUUUUAUGGUAACCACAUUUUAGUGUGCUUUUACGUAUGAGACCAUAAUGAUUGCAUCAA